UCCUUUCCCACUUUCCCUUCUAUAAAUUCCUCCUCCACCCUUCCCCAUUUCCCGUCUUUGCUUCACCUCACUCUUCACCGCUUCUCUCAUUUCUCAUCUUCUAUUGUCUCGCGAUUGUUAUGGCUACCAAAAGGAGCGUUGGUACUCUGAAGGAGGCUGAUUUGAAGGGAAAGAGGGUGUUCGUGAGGGUCGAUCUCAAUGUUCCUUUGGAUGACAACUUCAACAUCACCGAUGACACCAGAAUCCGUGCUGCUGUGCCUACCAUUAAGUAUUUACUCGGCCAUGGUGCCAGGGUCAUCCUCUCCAGCCACUUGGGGCGCCCAAAGGGCGUAACGCCGAAAUACAGUUUGAAACCUCUUGUUCCCAGGCUUUCUGAGCUCCUCGGAGUUCAGGUGAAAAUGGCCAAUGAUUCUAUUGGCGAGGAAGUUGAGAAGCUGGUCGCUGAAUUGCCUGAGGGAGGUGUAUUGCUGCUUGAAAAUGUGAGGUUUUACAAGGAGGAAGAGAAGAAUGACCCCGAGUUUGCCAAGAAGCUGGCUUCCCUCGCGGAUCUCUAUGUUAACGAUGCCUUUGGAACUGCUCACAGGGCUCACGCUUCCACAGAGGGUGUGGCUAAGUUCUUGGAACCGUCUGUUGCUGGUUUCCUUAUGCAGAAGGAACUUGACUACCUCGUUGGAGCUGUGGCUAAUCCCAAGAGGCCAUUUGCUGCCAUUGUUGGUGGUUCAAAGGUGUCUUCAAAGAUUGGAGUGAUUGAAUCCUUGUUGGAGAAGGUCAACCUUCUUGUCCUGGGUGGAGGAAUGAUCUUUACCUUCUACAAGGCGCAAGGUCACUCAGUGGGGUCAUCGCUUGUUGAAGAAGACAAGCUUGGCCUUGCUACUUCGCUCAUUGAGAAGGCAAAAUCCAAGGGGGUGUCUCUUUUGCUCCCAACCGAUGUAGUCAUAGCAGAUAAAUUUGCUGCUGAUGCUAACAGCAAGACUGUGGCCGCAUCAAGUAUCCCAGAUGGUUGGAUGGGGUUGGAUAUUGGACCUGAUUCUAUUAAGAGCUUCAGUGAAGCAUUGGACUCUACCCAGACCAUUAUUUGGAAUGGGCCUAUGGGAGUGUUUGAGUUUGAGAAGUUUGCGGCUGGAACGGAGGCAAUUGCAAGGAAGUUGGCAGAGCUGAGUGGGAAGGGGGUGACCACCAUAAUUGGAGGAGGCGACUCUGUUGCGGCUGUUGAGAAGGUUGGGCUUGCGGAUAAGAUGAGCCACAUCUCCACUGGAGGCGGUGCCAGCUUAGAGCUUCUUGAAGGAAAACCGCUUCCCGGGGUCCUUGCUCUCGAUGAUGCUUGAGCUCUCGCCGUUUUCCCUGUGUUAUAUCGUAAAGGUUGUUCAACCUAUGAGGAUUUCUCGAGCUUGUCUUUUUAUUUGAGAAGAGGUUGUAGUUAUAGGAUAGAUUAUUCCAAUAAGUCUCAAAUUCUCCUCUGAACAUAUGGUCCACGGUAUUGGAUUGGAUCAUUUUUUUCCGUCGAUUUAAAAUGUUGAGUUUGAUGCUGAUGCCUGCUGCAGUCAGGCUUUUUAACCAGCAAUCAAUCGCCUUUUGUUCACGAGUGAGUGUUUAUGGUCUGAUUCAAUCUGUGAAUGCUUCAACUUCAACUAUAUAAGCAAGAUUUCUUAUUAGAUGAAGUUUAGGCUGUCGGUUGCCGCUUUAAUAAGAUAUAAA